GUGAGAUCUAGCUGGCAAAACAAAUACAACACACUGAUAAAGUGUUUCCUCCAAAACGCGCAGUUCUCCGCUACGACUGCCAAGUUUGCGUAAAAUGGUACAAAAACACGGCCUGCAAUUUUUGUGUAGUCACGUUUCUUCGUGCGGCGUGUCAUGCGCAUUUCAUCGGCUUGUGUUUGGGGACGUCUGGACAGUUUCUGUCAAAGCUGUGGGUGGGAGAGAGGAGGCAGGAGAUGACUGCUAUCCCCCUCACUUCUACUCUGAGCCCUCAGGAGAGUGGAGAGAGGGGGACUGCACGAGAUUGCAGGGCUGUAGAAUGAACUGUAGAAUGAACUGAUUAACUAAUCAGUUUUGAUUAAGUAAUCAGCACUUAUUCGAAAAGAACUGGCAAUCAGCUCAACCAUGCGGACAUAGGCAAGUUUGGGGUUUUUUGUACCCAGUUAAGCUCCUUUUUUAGUUGCUGUUACAAGUGAUCGGAAGCCUGCUAUGGAGGACGUCGUAAGUCAAAAUGAGUCUAAGCACUGACAAUGUUACAAACUUGUGGAAAAAUGGUUCUUCGGAGCUCGAGUCUCUGCAGGUCAACUUCACCAACAGCUCUGGAGGAAACCGCACGGAGCCCAGCGAGGUGGACCUCACCCGAGCCAUCCCACUUGGCUUGGUCCUGGGGGCUUUCAUCGUGUUUGCCAUCGCGGGUAAUAUUCUCGUCAUUCUCUCUGUGGUGUGCAACAGGCACCUACGGACCCCGACGAAUUACUUCAUCAUUAACCUGGCCAUCGCCGACUUGCUGCUGGGCACCACAGUACUACCGGUGUCCGCCACUCUGGAGAUCCUAGACUGCUGGGUGUUCGGCAGGAUCUUCUGUGACAUCUGGGCUGCAGUGGAUGUGUUAUGUUGCACCGCGUCCAUCAUGAGUCUGUGCGUAAUAUCCAUUGACCGCUACAUUGGAGUGAGCCACCCGCUGCAGUACCCGGGUAUCGUGACAGAGAAGCGGGCUCUGCUGGCCAUGCUCGGAGUCUGGGUGUUGUCCGUGGUAAUUUCCAUCGGACCUCUGCUCGGAUGGAAGCAGCCGCCUUCGCCGGACGACACGGUGUGUCUCAUCACCGAGGAACCGUUUUACGCACUCUUCUCCUCCCUCGGUUCCUUCUACAUCCCGCUCGCCGUUAUACUAGCGAUGUACUGCCGCGUGUACAUUGUCGCUAAAAGGACCACUAAGAACCUGGAAGCAGGUGUGAUGCGCGAGCGGAUGAACACCAGCGAGCUGACCCUCAGGAUCCACAAGGGAUCUCAGGUGCAGGAGGAUCCAGGCACCAGCAAGGGCCGUGCGCACCAGGCGAGAAGUUCCCUCACUGUGAAACUUCUGAAAUUCUCCCGGGAGAAGAAAGCAGCUAAAACAUUGGGGGUUGUAGUCGGCAUGUUUAUUCUUUGCUGGCUGCCCUUCUUUUUGGCCUUACCCAUAGGGUCUUUUAAUGUGAACCUGCGCCCACCUGAGGUCCUCUUCAAAGUAAUCUUCUGGCUCGGCUAUUUCAACAGCUGCCUGAACCCUAUAAUCUAUCCCUGCUACAGCCGUGAGUUCAAGCUGGCCUUCAUUCGGAUCCUAAGAUGCCAGUGUCACCAGCAAAAACGUCCUGGAUGGAGAGCUUACAACUACCGUUCCUCUAACUUCAGCUCCUCUGGAAACUCACGCAAAAGCUCUACAGAUCACAACUCCAGCUGGUUAAAUGGAAGCCAGCGCACUCUGCCAUCUUCGGCAAGUCCAAGCCCCAGCUACCUAAGCAAGGGCCUCCCUCCUUGCCCUGAGGGGGAAACUUUAUACAUCUGGGGCACCACCACCCCAACUCUCUCCACACCAAACCUGUUGCCUGGCAAUCCACAGGGCUGCCAGCAGGGAGCUCUGAAACGGGAGAUGAUAGGGGGUGAAGCAGCUCAGGAGACUGUUGGGGGUGUUUUCUCUUUUUCCUUUGGAAACAAUAAAGACAAGGGAGGACUCAACAAAGACAGCGCCAUGCCUGAUGACAAGGUGUGAAUGCUGCAUUUAACUGCAGUUUGAUUAAUUCCUUAUAGGGAUUGCAGCCACAGCUUGGAUUUAGGAUUUCACAAGUUUCACUGUACAUGAUCCAUGAUCAUUUAUAUUUGUCAGUGGAUUGUUAUCUGUGAUCAAUGUGAAGUGAAGAUAACUAAGUAUGCUGCUGUAUCACAGGUAUUUUUGCUCUACAUUUUCUGCAUCUGUGAUUGACAAAGACAGAGUUUUCUUUCAGUGAGCAGUUAAAAGCUAAAGACAGGUCAUCAAAAUAACUGCUUGUGCCUUCUGUGGCCUGGAGAGAAACCUGCAUGCAUUUUGAUUUAAAUACAAUGAAACCUGAAAGAGGAAAAGAUGUAACUUCAUCACAGACUUCCCUUCACAUCUUUCAUCUGAAAGUCUACAUUUCUACAUUUCCUUCUUUUAAAAUAGACUGAAUAUGACGAAGAGCUUGACUCCUGUACAAAGUGUGAUAAGACAAAGGAUUACCGUUCUGUUGCAGUCACUUGAUAUCUACAUGGUAUAUUGUGAAAAAGAAAAAAAUGGUAUUACCUGUUAUGUUUCUUUGUGGGGGUGGGGGGUUUUGGUGUGCUCACAAUUCAUCAGAUUUAAUCUUGUUGGUCAGUUUGUAGAAAUGUGAUGGAUAAAUAAAAACUUUGCUCAACUGCU